AUGGCCCAAACAGCUAAUUGGGCUCUUUCAUUGGACAAUUUGUGCCGAGUGAAUUUGUGCUUUCAAGAAGCCCUUGGAUGGUUCUUCCAUGAUAGCAGCUAUAAGAAUUUGAGAAGGAAACUGCAAAGGAUCUUCUUCGUGGAAUCAGAUAUGCAAGGAAUGUCGAGCAUUUUCCGGCCUAAAUUCGAUCCAUUUCCAGAAAAGAAACCGUUGAAUCAAAGAUGCAAAAUUCUAAACCUGCUGAGACAAAAGAACAAGAAGCCCCUGUGGGCCCACCAAAAUCUCAUUGAGAAAGCUCAGCAGACCAAACCAGACAACAGUUUUGGGUACCAAGACAUCACUAUCCUCACAAUGAACAAAAACCCAAAUGCUGACAAAAAGGGCCCCAAAAACCCAAUUGCCAGCUUGGCUGUUGCAGGAUCCAAAUCAGCAAGCGCAAGCCUGUACAUUGUCCCACAGAGAGGGCUCGUCGGCUGGCAGCUCAAAGUCGAAGAAAUCCAUCAGCUCCUUUUCGAAACUUUCGUCCACAGGAUUCGACUCGUUCGUAAAUCGACUCUCGUCAUUAAUAGGCUCUCCUUCGUGAUCCAUACUCUCCUCGAGCUCGCGAAUCCAAUCCUCGUCAUCAAUAGGCUUCUCGAGGCACUCACCAUCAUCGUGAUCCAUACUCUCCUCCAGCUCACGAACCCAAUCCUCGUCACCAGUCUCUUGAGUGCCCGACUCUCCGAAAAUCACGUCAUCAUGAUUAUCCAUAAUACUCUUCUCCAACUCACCAACCCAAUCCUCGUCGUUCGCCUCUUGAGUACCCGAUUCUUCGAAAACCACAUCAUUGACCAAAGGCGGCAAACAAUUAGCAGCAACACUCUCAACUUCAUCGUGAUUAUUCAUAAUACUCCCCUCCAACUCACGAACCCAAUCCUCUUCGUGAGUGCCAGAUUCUCCGAAAACCGCACCAUCAACCGAAGGCGGCAAACAACUACUACUACUGCUCAAUAG